CGGAGGGGCCGCGCCGCAGCCCGAGCCGCUCCGCUCCUCCGUCCCGGCAGCGUUCGUGCGGCUGCCGCACCAUGCCCUGCCCUGCCCUGCCCUGCCCUGCCCUGUCCCGCCCCCGGCCGGGGGUGGCAGCGCCCGGCCCGGCCGGCGGCACCCUGAGUGGCCGCGGCCCUGCCGCCCCCCGGACCGAGCCGGCCGUGCCGGGGCGCCGGAGCCUCUCCCCAGUCCCGGCGGUGCCGAGCUCCGCUCCCGGGAGCGGCGGCGGUCGCGGGCCCCGCUGCCUUGCCCUGCCCGCCCGGCCGCAGCCCGGCUUUGGGGAGGCUGCCUGGACUCCCGGGGCUGUAACCUUGGGCCGCCUACUUUAUUGCUAAAAAAGCAUUCCUUGUGUUGUGACUUAAACUUGAUUUGGAGGGCCGGUGGCGUAUUGAAGUCUUAGAUUUCGAAUACGUUUGCACGUGUUAGUGAUAUAUAAUUGUGGGUUUUAUUUUUGGGCAUACUUGAGAGUCAAGAUUUUGGUCAGGUGACUGCACCAGCUGUCCUAAUGUUUAGGCUUGAUAAGGCUUUUCAAAGCUGUGACCAGGUGCCAUCGGAUGUAAAAUCAGCACCAUCAUGCAAAGUCGACAAUUUAAAAACCUCCACACUCUAUGGAAUUGUGACCCUGAUUAGUUGUUUUAAGAAUUACAUCCUGAAUGAUAAUACUCCUGUUAUUCAUGGAGGUUUAUGAUGGAGUUAUGUACUGGAGAGGAUGUGAAGAGGAAUGGCUUCUUGUUGGUACAAAACAAGGGCAUCUUCUGCUUUACAGGAUCAAGAAAGAUGUAGGAGAGGUUAUGUCAUCAGAAAGUGUCUGUUGCAACAGGUUUGAAGUGACACUAGAGAAAUCCAACAAGAACUUCUCAAAGAAGAUUCAACAGAUCCAUGUUGUUUCUCAAUUUAAAAUUUUGGUCAGUCUAUUAGAAAAUAACAUUUACGUCCAUGACCUGUUGACAUUUCAACAAAUCACCACAAUUUCAAAGGCAAAAGGUGCAUCUCUCUUCACUUGUGAUCUCCAGCAAUCAGAUACAGGGGAGGAGGUGCUGAGGAUGUGUGUGGCAGUGCGUAAGAAGCUCCAGCUUUAUUUCUGGAAGGACAGGGAGUUCCAUGAGCUCCAGGGGGACUUCAGUGUACCUGAUGUACCCAAGUCUAUGGCAUGGUGUGAAAACUCCAUCUGUGUAGGCUUCAAGAGGGACUAUUACCUGAUACGGGUGGAUGGAAAAGGAUCCAUCAAAGAACUGUUUCCCACAGGGAAGCAGCUGGAACCAUUGGUAGCUCCUGUAGCAGAUGGAAAAGUUGCAGUUGGCCAAGAUGAUCUAACAGUUGUGCUUAAUGAAGAAGGGGUCUGUACUCAGAAAUGUGCCUUGAAUUGGACAGAUAUUCCUAUAGCCAUGGAACACCAGCCUCCCUACAUCAUUGCUGUCCUGCCAAGGUACGUGGAGAUCCGCACCUUUGAGCCCCGGCUGCUGGUGCAGAGCAUCGAGCUGCAGAGGCCGCGCUUCAUCACCUCUGGAGGCACAAACAUUAUAUAUGUGGCAAGUAAUCACUUUGUUUGGAGGCUCAUUCCAGUGUCCAUAGCCACACAGAUCCAGCAGCUUCUGCAGGAUAAGCAGUUUGAGUUGGCUUUGCAGUUGGCAGAAAUGAAAGAUGAUUCAGAUAGUGAGAAGCGACAACAAAUCCACCACAUCAAGAACCUCUUUGCCUUCAACCUGUUCUGCCAGAAGCGCUUUGAUGAAUCCAUGCAAGUUUUUGCAAAGCUUGGUACAGAUCCCACUCAUGUGAUGGGUCUGUAUCCUGACCUCCUGCCCACAGAUUACAGGAAACAGCUACAGUAUCCCAACCCCCUGCCAGGGCUCUCUGGGGCAGAGCUGGAGAAGGCACAUUUAGCUCUGAUAGACUACCUAACUCAAAAAAGGAGUCAGCUAGUGAAGAAGCUAAAUGAUUCUGAUCAUCAGUCCAGUACCUCACCCCUCAUGGAAGGAACACCCACGAUCAAAUCCAAAAAGAAGCUGCUACAAAUCAUUGAUACCACCCUCUUAAAGUGUUACUUGCAUACAAAUGUAGCACUGGUGGCACCACUGCUACGUCUGGAGAACAAUCACUGCCAUAUUGAGGAGAGUGAGCAUGUACUAAAGAAGGCACACAAGUAUAGUGAGCUGAUAAUACUGUAUGAGAAAAAAGGUCUGCAUGAGAAAGCAUUACAGGUACUGGUGGAUCAGUCAAAGAAAGCCAACUCCCCUUUGAAGGGUCAUGAGAGGACAGUGCAAUAUUUGCAGCAUUUGGGCACAGAGAACUUGCACUUGGUAUUUUCCUACUCUGUCUGGGUGCUAAGAGAUUUUCCUGAAGAUGGACUGAAGAUAUUUACAGAAGACCUCCCUGAAGUGGAAGCUUUGCCACGAGACAAAGUGCUCAGUUUCUUGAUAGAAAAUUUUAAAAGCUUGACUAUUCCUUACCUGGAGCACAUCAUUCAUGUCUGGGAAGAAACUGGUGCGGACUUCCACAACUGUCUCAUCCAGCUGUACUGUGAGAAAGUGCAGGGCUUAAUGAAAGAAUAUCUCAGUUCUUUCCCUGCAGAUAGAGCUCCAGUGCCUGCUGGGGAGGAAGGAGGAGACUUGGGGGAUUACCGGAAGAAGCUGCUGCUUUUUCUGGAGAAGUCCAGCUGCUAUGAACCUAGUCGACUUAUCAGUGACUUCCCCUUUGAUGGUCUCCUAGAAGAACGUGCUCUGCUCUUGGGUCGAAUGGGGAAGCAUGAGCAAGCUCUGUUUAUUUAUGUUCAUAUUUUGAAGGACACCAACAUGGCUGAAAACUACUGCCAUAAACAUUAUGACAGAAACAAAGAUGGCAACAAAGAUGUGUAUCUGUCCCUGCUGCGCAUGUAUCUCUCCCCACCCAGUGUUCAUUGCCUGGGACCCAUCAAGAUGGAGGUGCUGGAGCCUCAAGCCAAUCUGCAGGCUGCUCUGCAGGUUUUGGAACUGCACCACAGCAAACUGGAUACCACUAAGGCAAUAAACCUACUCCCAGCAAAUACACAGAUCAGUGAGAUUCGCAUCUUCUUAGAGAAAGUACUUGAAGAAAAUGCUCAGAAGAAAAGAUUUAAUCAAGUGCUCAAGAACCUUCUCCAUGCAGAGUUUCUGAGGGUCCAGGAGGAGCGGAUCUUGCAUCAGCAAGUAAAGUGCAUAAUUACAGAGGAGAAGGUGUGCACUGUUUGUAAAAAGAAGAUAGGUAACAGCGCAUUUGCUCGAUACCCUAACGCAAUAGUUGUGCAUUAUUUCUGCUCCAAAGAAGUCAACACACUGGACACCUGACCUUGUCAUGGUCAAUAAUCCCAACAUUUAUACAAAAUUCAGUACUGAUGACUAAAGAAGUUGAUGUGUCUGAGCGUUUUGAGGCUUGUUGCUAGGUUCUCUUACACUGGGUAGAAAUCAUUUGUAUCUGUGGACUGACUGUACCUACCCAGCAAUGUUGAUUUACUAGAAAAUUACUUUACCCAUGUUGUUACAGUGCUGGCAACUACACUGAACCUCUCAGUCCUCGAUGAAGAAUAGAAACUGAUUUUUGUAGUGACUUUUGUAACACACUCCAGCCUUGCAAAUGAACUGUUAGACAACUGUUGGACGUUCACCACAAAUCAAGUCUUACAAUAAAAUGUACUUUCUUAGGGUGGCAAUGUUGUGAUUUGGCCUUGUAUGUAAGUAUUUAUUCAAAAAAAGAAAAUUCCCUGAAAGUCUUUGCAGCCAUAUCAGCAUUGCAUGGAGAUCACCAGAUGUUUGUCAUAGAGGAGGCUUCUGUGUCUGUUUCCAGACUUAGGAAGUGCAACUUUUAUCUCAGCAACAGAAAUGAUUUAAGUGCUGGCCAAAGGACUCUCUGUUGAUAUUCGGUGGUUUUGCCUGACCUUCUGGUAAGUUGUUUCACAGGAGGUAAUCAGAGAAAUGCUAGGUACCACUAAGAAGCUUUUUUUCCUUUUUGUUUUAGUUUGAGAACUAUAAAUUGAAUUAACUUGUGUGUUGUUUGCACUGACUGUGUUCACUCUUAAUGUGAGUGGAAGCUCAGAGACUGUUGGAAGAAGUUCACGUCUGCACUCAAAGGAAAAAGCAAAGAACAUCCUGUAAAGCAAUUUCUGGAAGGAGUGAACUCUAGUUACUGCUUGAGCUUCUGGACUAUGCUUGAGACUUAUGUAUAUAAAUUCUUUAGUCUCUGGUUCACUUUCCAACACUGAAGUAAAAUCCAGACUGUUUCAACAUCUGUGUAUUUGAAAUGCUCUAGAACUGCAUUCUGUUCAGGCCGGUACUGUUCUUAAAAUUAUCUUGGGCCAGAAGUCUUAACACAAGAACUAAAUUGUACCAUACUCACUCUAGACUGUAAUAUUUUUGUCUAACUUAUUUUUUCAGAAACUUUAAUCAGUUGCAGAUUGGUAUGAGGGACAAAAUGUUUGUUGCAGAAAGAAUCUGUGGAGUGGUAAUGAAAAGGCAGCAGUAGCAAAUAACCCAGUGGAGGGACUGUUUGACUCCCAACAUCCUGGUCUAGCAAUACUUAUAAAUAAAUCAUUAUUAAGUGGUAUGGAGCAUGACAUGUAACUACCAGAUAUCACAUCUUAAAGAACAAGCUGAUGAAGAAAUCUGGUCUGCCUAAAGUGUAGUUGAACCUCAGUUAACAUCAUAGGUUUACUUAAAUCGUGUGAGGUAUUUUUUUAGGAACAGAUCUGCUGUUGGCUGAAAAGAGUCCUAAUUCACUUUCAUUUGCCAGUGUUAAGAGUUUCCCUUGAUAACUGUUUUUUCCUUGUUCAUAUGUGUUUGUAUUUAUUGUUUAUACAUUCUUCUGGAUUUCUUGGUCCAGUGUUUUGCUUGGAUGUCUUGGGCAGUAUUGCUACUGAAUACUUUCUGCAGAGGCUGGAUAGAGGGAAUCUGUGGUGUUAAUGUUUUUAAACUUGUAUUUCUUCUGUUUGAAGAAGAGAGCCUAAAAAUACUUACACUAGAUUUGCACAUGCUGUAUAGAUCUUUAUAUACUAGUUCAGGUACGGAGGGAAGAUGGUUUGGGAGAGUUGUGUUUACAGGUCAUAGAGAAUGAAGAAAGGGCAUUUAAAAAGACCUUGCAUUCUUUGUAUACAGAUAUAACAAUGCUACUCUGAUUUUUACUUAUCUUAUGUUUAGUACUGGUAGUAUGAUUUUUAUUUGCCUUCAUUAUCUGUUACCAGGAUCUUCAUUGUACUCUUACUUAGAAGACUAAAGUUGUGCCUCUGUUCAUCUCCACUGCAUACCUUUUACAGAGAUGUGGUUUGUGCUGUACUUUUUUUUUUUUGUUGGUUCAUACAAUGUGCUUUGGGUUUCCUAACCAUACAGCAGGUUUAUCUAAAGCAAUAGGUUGUAAUAAAUAUCGUGAACCAGUGUGUGUUUCAGUCAUUGUGCACUUAAACUUCUCUGGGCUGAUGUAGAUUUUAUUUUUAUUUGUAUAUUAGACCUCACUUUCUCCUGGAAGUCAGACCCAGUGCAGUAUCUCAGUAUUCCCCUUGCUUUAGUACGUGUAAAUCAAGUGUGGCAAUUCUCAAUGCAGGUUUUUAAAUCUACAAGUUUAUACAUGCUUGUGAAUGUUCUCAAAAUCCUACUAAAACCCCUUUUGAAUUCUCUCUUUGAAUAAUGUUUUUGCAAGUCUUACACCAUUAUACCAUUAAAUAUGUACUUACUAGAGAA